UUUUUGCGUCGCGUACAAAAUUGGGAAAUUCCAACCUAAAUCUUACCAUUUCCGGUUACAGAAUUAUCAUUCCUUUAACUAGUAGUACUGUUUACGGUAAUAAUAGUGAGCAAAUACAAAGUUAAUUUUAUGAACACUAUUUGUCACUUUAGGGGAUUUACGACGUUGGGUAUUGAACGCUGCCGCAAAAGGCGAUCAAUUUAUUAUCAAAUCAUUUCCAUAGUGACCGGGAAAACAUUCCACAGAAUCUGUGACAUCAAGUCCAUUAUCUGAUGAGUCAAUAUUUGUUUAAGACAUUCAAACUGAUACCUUGCUUUUACUGAAAAUAUUAUUGUUAUAAUUAUACGCUUUGAAAUUUCAUCAUUUAUCAAGUUUGUCCAUAUUAAUAUAGUUAUUCGAAAGUUUCGAAUGGAAGAAAACAGAUAUACAAAACUAGUGUAUCGAAGAUCUGCUAGAAAAGUGAUUUUUUGACAAAAGGAGUAUAGUCUUUUUCCUUUUACGCACGAUAAAAAGGUGUUUUUAUUUUACAAGAAAUAAAAUAAAGAUGAUUGGACAACUUUCCGGGAAUAAACGACUUCGUCGCAGACUUGCGUCAGUGGUCAUUUUGUAUCUCUGUCAAAACAUUGGGAGUGCUUUUAGCGCAUCGACAUCUGUGACAACAGGUAGUUCAUCGGCAACCUCGAUCGGAACAACUACCGCAGACAUAGCAACAACAACAGCAGACGGCCAGUUUACAUUUGAAGCAGCAACAUCGACCACACAACACGUUACUUCUACCGUUGUGCAGACAUCAUCUACUGGCAAUGGUUUAACAUCAGAUUCUGUUACUGAUCAGUCUACCUCAAUCGGUUCUGCGCCUUCUUCAACGUCCGGUAAUGUACAAUCCACGACAUCACGCCACAUCAGGUUCUGCGCCAUCUUCAACGUCCGGCAAUGUACAGUCAACAACUCUAGGUUCUGCGCCUUCUUCAACAUCCGGUAA